ACGUGCAAAUGUGACAGCGGGCCAUGCCAAGCGCAGGUCCAAAGGGAUGUUGUUAUAUAUAUAUUUAAAAACAAGGGUUUUAAUACCUUUGAUUUGACAAUGACACCGCAGGAAAAGGGCGAUCGGGUCAUGGCGAUGGCUAAGCCCCAAGAGAAGCAGUCAUCCCCCCAGAUGGUGGCAUCUGAUGGAGGUUGGGGUUGGGUGGUGGUGGGGGCUCUCUUUGUGGCCUCAGCCCUGGUGUUUGGGCUCAUCCGCAGUCUGGGUGUCUUUUUUGUGGAGUUUGUGCAAUACUUUGGAGAGAGUGCCCAGGCUGUGUCCUGGAUAACAUCCAUUGGGGUGGCAAUUCAACAGCUAAUCAGUCCAAUAGGUACAGCAGCAAGCAAUUUGUAUGGAGCUCGGCCAGUUGUUAUGAUUGGAGGAUUUCUCUCAGGCCUGGGAUUUAUUCUGGCUUCACAGGCAACAACACUCUCGCACCUUUACCUGACCAUGGGAGUCAUCUCAGGGUUAGGCUGGGCACUGGUUUUUACCCCCAUUAUUGCUUCAGUGAUGCAGUAUUUCACCAUGAGGCGAUCUCUAGCCAUGGGUCUGGGCUUAACAGGGGUCGGUCUAGCCUCUUUUGCCUUCUCCCCACUAUUUCAGUAUCUGGUGGAGGUCUAUGCUUGGCGUGGAGCCUUGCUUAUCCUGGGAGGCCUCAGCUUCAACUUGAUUGCUUGUGGGGCUCUCAUUCGCCCAAUAAAGAAACCAAAAGUUGUGGAGAAGACUGAAAACACUCCCAACGUCAAAAAAUGCACUUCCUUACUCUCCCGUAUCUAUGAGUGCUUUGAGCUCUCCCUGCUUUUGCAUCGUGGCUUCAUCACUUACACCUUGGCUGUCACUUUCUUCAAUGCUGGCUACUUUAUCCCUUACGUUCAUCUUGUUGCCCACAGCCGUAACAUUGGUUUCACUGAGUACCAGGCAGCCUUUGUUAUCUCUGUCACUGGUGUGGCAGACAUUUUCGGUCGUGUAGUGUCUGGCUGGGCCUCAGACCUGGGCAAAAUGCGGAUGCCACACAUGCUGACUGUAUGGACUGGGUUACUGGGGCUAGUUUUGCUUCUUAUUUCUCUCUGUGUGAAUUAUCCAGGACUGUUGGUAUUCAGCCUGGCUUAUGGGUUCUGUGCAGGAGCAAUGACGCCACUGGUCUUUGCAGUGGUGCCAGAGAUUGUAGGCAUGGAGCGAAUGCUAGGAGCCCUUGGCCUCAUACAGCUUAUAGAGAGCAUUGGAGGACUGCUGGGAGCUCCACUGUCUGGUUGGCUAAAGGACUGUACUGGGACAUACACAGCAUCUUUUAUGGUUGCUGGAAGUUUCCUUUUGUUAGGGACAUUAGUUACAGCGACUCUACCUCAUUUUUGGUCCUGUACGACCCCUCCACCUUUAUCACCAUCAAAGAAGAAGCCUCAGGAUGGCUCCAUAGAAGAUGGCCUACUCAAAGACACUCUAAACUCAGUUCCUGAGAAAUUGUGCUCCUUGGAUAAUAUAUCUUGUGCCGAUGAGGAGAUUGAGGUCCAUGGUCAUGUGACCGAACCAGUGCCUGAACAACAACAAAUGCCUCAUAACUCAGGACAGGACGCAUCAUGCUGACUUAAGGGAAGUAUAAAAAAUACGGCCUUUUGUGGUGCCCGCAAAUUUGUGGACUGAGGGCACCAUUUUGUGCAGGGCCAUUAUUUUUUUUGAGAUAUCAGCAGACAGCUACAGUAUGGGUGGUAAAGCAACUUUUUGUUAUUUGGAAUUCUGUGAAAUAUUGUGGAACGUGUAGGUGAAUUUCACAUCUUUGGUACAUUGGCAAACAUUCAAUGAAUUCCACAUUUUGCAUUUACAUAUUGUUUGCGACUAUAAAACGUUAACGCACUGCUAGUUUCUUAAUAUAUGAGUUGCCAAGAUUCCCUCAAGCCUACAGAUCUUUGAGCCAAAGUGGCUGCUGCUAUCCCUGUGAAGUCUACUGAUCGUAUUGAUCACUAAUAACAAGACAAUCAGUCUUUUAUUUGAUUUUGAGGGGCAGAAAUAAGUCAUUUUACAACUCAAAAUUAUAGUUUACCAAUUCAAAAGCACUUAAUUCUUACAGUACCAUACGUGUCCAGUGCAGCAUACAAAAUCUGUUCAAUACCUCACAAAACGCCAGAGGUAAAAUGUACAGCAAUUAGAAUUUGUCUUCAGUAUAUUAUAGGUAACAAUGUGAUUUAAACACCGAACCCAUUAUAUACUCCAGCACUAUCAGCAGAUUUUGAAACCCUUAUGACAGAUGUCACUAUUAUCACCUCAGAGUGAGUCAAGCCUACCACACAGCUCCUAUAGGGAAUGAAUUGACUAUGCUGCUCAUCUCAACUGUGCCUUUGGACACGCACGAUGGGAGAAAGGUGCCUCAGGUUGUUCCUGGCAGGGUACUCCGCCUUACAGGCUCCAUAUGGCUAGGAUUAGGGAGGGGUGGGUUAGGUCAUCUGCUGCCUGCCAGGCACCUUUGUACAAUGAGCGUGGACAUUUAUGGUAAAAAAAAACCACACUGCGGUUUUGCUAGCUGGUGAUGUGCAAGAUCCUAUCCCACUUGGACCCCAAAGUGAUUCUAUUGGCUAAUGUUUUAGAUAAUGUAUGUUACAUAAACACAACAAAAUGUAUAUAAUGUAGACACAUUUUGGUGUCAUAUUGUAUAUAACCAAAGCUAUACAAUGUACAUUUAUAGUUUUAUAGUUAUAGUUUUUUUUUGUGAGCUCACAAACUUACUAUAUUGUCUACCUUAGCAUGGGCUUAGCAGAUUAGCACUUAUUUCACUGUCCGAUUAGCCUGCUAUUUUCGCAUAUACCGUAAGAAAAUUUUUACGCCACCAUAAUUAUUUGUGGAUACCACUGCUAUUAAAGCAUAACUGGAAAGCUAUUUUUUUAUAAUUAAAAAAACAAAAUGUUUUGAACUAGCAUUUCAAACCGCUACCUCUUAAGGUGCAAGGGGGGCAGGAUCUUGCAUGACACAGGGAGUUCAGAGGAUGUUUUCUGGAAGAAUUCAAUGAUUCCUUUAAAUGUAUCUUCAAAGAAAUAUUCAUUUAUUUUUUAAAUGAUUAUUUAUAUUAUCAGUAUUUUUUAUUUAUUUAGUGUGAAUGUUGACUUUUGACAUUCUCUGGCAGGAAGAUUAUUAUUAUUAUUCACACAUACAGCUUGAACAUAAGGUAAAAUUUGCUAUAAAUCCCCCCACUCAUUUUGUGUCAUUCACACAUUUAAUACAGCUGGUCUAUUAGUGAGUUGCAAUUCUGUCCUUUCUGUUCAUGUUAACUUUUAAAAAAAGAAAAUUAUGAUAUGAAUCUUACGACGUGUGUCUUAGGGUUUUGACAUUGAUGCAUGUCCUCCAGUUAUCUGGGAAAAUAACUGUGUACAUUUUCCACAGAGUCUGUUGACUGCACAAACAAAUGUACUUAAUCAUUGACCAAAAUGUUACACACAGCCAUACCAAAAUCUGUUACACAUUUUGUUCUUCAAAGCAGAAGCCUUUUCUUAAUGUGUUUAGGAUUGUGUUGUCUUGUUUCUUAGCUCACUCCGAAGAUCAUAAAACUAUUAGCUUAUCUUUCAUUAUAUAUAUAUAUAUAUAUAUAUAUGAAAGAGGUUUUUGGCCCCUUACUGUACACAAGCAUCCAACUAGCCAAGCAGCGUGCUGUUUGUGGCAGGGUUGUGUACAUUAAUAUAAAACUUUUUAAUGCUUUAGAUUAGAGACAAGCGGAAACCUCCUGAAGACUUCCAAAAAAUGAUGUUUUAAAGAAACUAGUCAUAAAGCUGAACAUGUGAGCCUUAAUCUCCAGGCGGAGAAUCUGUGAGCUCAGCUGCUGCCUACUGUACUGCCUUUAGAUCAAUGAAAAACACACAACAUUCCUCAUAUGUACUAUGAUUAUGGAAUCACACAUGUAGUAAUACUGUAUAUAACAUUUCCAUAAUUUAAGUGAACAAACUUUCUUAAAGAGUAUGAAAUACAGGACUACUAUGAAGAAAUCUUAGCAGCAGCACUUAUAUCACACGAUUAUGAAUUGCGUAACAAGCAUCAUAACAUCUCUGGUAUUGGCUGAACACUGAGCAACUUUACUUUUGACCUUGUAGUGAUUUUUUUUAUCUUUUUAUCUUGUCAGCUGCAAAGAACAUAAGCUAAUAAGUUACAGGAAGCUGGAAAGCAAAACAAUGUAUGUGGAUGUAUUUUGUGGAAAUGUCAUUGUUCAUUAAAUUAAUCAUGAAGAUUGAAAACUAGAUUGAAAUUUGCUUCAGAGCUAGUCAGGUAGUUUUACCUUUUUCAGGUUCCCAGCUGAUAUCAUGUGCCUGUAAUAACUUUAAUGCAAAUUACAUGUGAUUUGCUGCUUUAAUUUCCCAGGAAUCUUGCAGCGCAGCAACAACAUUUGGGUUUCAUUGCAAUGAAGUUGGACAGAUUUGUGUUUAAAUAUGGUUAAAUAAAAUGUGUUCUUGUUUUUCUUAAUGUAUAUUGUAUGCUGGUAGAUGUCACCUAGUUUUCUCUGACCUGGGAUGAGUCAGCAGUAUUUAUAUAUAUAUAUAUAUAUAUAUGAGCAAUUUAAGGAAUCUUGACAAACACUUGGCAUACGCUUAUAGCAAAACAUAUGACCAAAUUUACAUUUUCUUUUUUACAAAGCAGUAUACUAUAUUCAAACU